UUGACGUCACAUCUGCAUGCUUAUAUUCAUGGCCAAUGAAACAAGUGCGCGAGCGUUGAGGGGCGGGGACGAGCGGGGAUGGGGGCGUGUCGCUGCACGGACAUAUAUAAACUGCUGAAUGGUGUUGAAGCGGGCUUUGACGGUGGACGAAUGUAACAUUACGAGUAAACAAGCCGCUGUUUUCUUGGUUAGUACUCACAUGGAUUAUUGAGGUUACUGAACUGUCCUUUUGGUUGCUGAUGCGUGAUAAGUGACUGUUAACUGUUUUAACGCUGUGCAGGAUAGUCAACAUAACCGCUAUAAACUACCUCCAGUAAGUCUGCAGAUGUUUCAGUGUUUUUACACACUGACCUCAAAGUCAAACCAGCAAAACCACCCAAACAUCUCAAGAACAACUUUAAAAUCACAACAGAGUGCAAAAAAGGGGGUAGAACAGAGUAACGAUGCCUUUGGAUCUGGGAAUGUACGAGCGCCGGCCAGAUUACAAAUCUGAAAAACAGUGCCAGAGAACCUCGCUUGCUUUCUAUCAGGCUGUGCGGGAUCUGCUGCCGGUGUGGCUGCUGGAGGACAUCCGCACCACCGAAGCGUUUCACUGGGAAGACGAAGGUCGCGCAUGCGCUUUCUCGCCAUCCGAAGCACUGCUCUACGCGCUCGUCCACGACCACCAGCAGUACGCGCGCCACCUGCUCCAGCGCUUCCCCGUGCACGCGCUGGCCGUGCCGAGCGCGAGCUUCCGCUGCUGCGCGCACUCCGCCGCGCCGCACGUCGCCGUGGCCGUGCGCUAUAACCGCACGAACAUUCUCAAAAUGAUGAUGGGCAGUCUCAAGGAUUUCGCCGACGAAGGCGAAAAACAGCUGCUCUUGAAUCACCGCGGGUGCGCGCACGCAGAGGGAGGCAAAACGGUGCUACACCUGGCGUGCGACCUGGCGCGCCCCGAGUGUUUGCUGCUGUUGCUGGGCCACGGCGCGUGCCCGUACGUCACAGACCGUGCUGGAGACACACCUCUGGACUGCCUGCUGCAACAAAUCAGCCAGAGUGACAUGGACAUGCGUACGAAGCGCGUGUGCCUCGGAUACAUGGUGUUGUUCAUGCCCGCGCUACGCUUUCGCAUGCGCGCGGAGCUGCGGGAGAACCCCGCACUGUGGAGCCGCCUCAUCGGAGAGCAGGCGUUCCAGUGGCUCUCUGGUCAAUGUCCAACAUCUCUGUUCGUGCAAUGCAUGCGCACUGUGACGCGAUCCGUUCCCGACGAACAGCUCGAGUCCCUGCCUGAUUUCCUCAGACCACCUGAUUUCAGAUUGCACCAGUCUUAACGCAAUAAUGGAUGUACUCUAUCUGACUUUGACUGAUAGCAUCAACAAGAUCCCUUAUCUGAAAAGUGUGUGGUUUAAAAAAAAAACCAAAACAAACAAAAAAAAAAACCUCGUGAAGUUAGAGCAAGAAUUGGAAAAUCGUUCUGUUCAGAGCAUUUAGGACUGCUACACUGAUUCCGCCACUGUAAAUAUGUCAAUGUUGUAAAAUACAAUGAUACCAAGUGAUGCUUGGUAACUGUUCUAAAAAAUAAAUAUAUUUUUAAAUAUAUUUUUUGUGAACAGUAUCAGUGAAUUUCUUAACUCCCUGCAUACACGGUCGAUUUAAAAUUUUUUUUUUUUUUUAGACGUGAGAAAACAACAACAACAACAACAACAAAAAACACACUUCUGCAACAAGUACACCAUCAAGUCAGUACUUGAUUCUCCUGUGCUAAAUCGGAGUCAUAAUCAGGCUUAGGUGUUAUUUUGGUAAACAUCUUUUUAAUUCUGGCAGUUCAUAUUGACAGCAUAAAGUGAUGACAGCAGCGCUUAAAGCAGGGUUAAUGUUAUCAGUGAUAAUAUACCAUACACAUAACAUAGUGCUCUAUAAUGAGUGCUAGGGUUCCCAUUUCAUUUUCACCAACAGCAUUGUGGUCAAAGGAGAAGAGGAGAAGAAAAGAGGACACGAGCGUCCCAAAUUACAGGAAAAAAUAGUCACAAGUAAAAACAACCACAAACAAUCGACACUAUUAAUGCAAUGUUAAUCUACUUACCACAUUAUAUUUGCAUAUUUCUGAGGUGUCUGUGGUCCAAAGAAAUAAAUUUUAAAAAAGACACCAUUAUAUAUGCCUCUUAUUCAAUUAUGAUACACUUGGUACACAUAUUUAUUCAUUAAUAAAGUGCAUUCUCUAAAUGACGUUACAUGAAAGUUGCCAAUACGGCGUUACAGUUCAUUCAGAAUGGACUAUGAAAGUUUUUAUGAACCGGGUGGCAUAUAAGAGUGCUGUAGACUGGCACAAUAACACUAAGCAGUCUAGUAAUAACCAAGUGAACAAAAUUACAGCAAUGAAGAGAAUAAUAAUAAUAAUAAUAAUAAUAAUAAUAAUAAUAAUAAAAAAAAAAAAACCCAAACAAACAAAAAACACAACACACACCCCUCCUCAUCCCCUUUUCCUGCUUCCGAUGGUUCAUGCACAGAGUCGAUCUGACCCGACAAACAGCAGGUAUGUAAAUAACGAUGUUAAGCAUGCCUUAUUCCCUAUUGUAUUUAAUUAACUCUGGUAACAGCUCUCAGUAGCUAUUACCAAUUUUGAAAAUUUACACACACAUUCCUUGGUGAGUCCAUUGUGAAAGCAAAGGCUUCGGUAAAUAUUAGCAAAAAAUAGUUCCUCCUACAUUCUGUCUUAAAGAGACCGUUAUACGUUCUCACUGUGAUCAUGAACUGAUUUCAUGAUCAGUUCAGGGGG